AUGACUGAAAUUUUAAAUUUCAAUGAAAAUGAAAAAGGUUUUGUAUCAGAUUACAUGAUUAAUUCUGAUCAACUUACAAAAAUUAACAAGCUUAAAUUCAAGCUUGAUUCAAGACAGGUUUUUAACCAGUCUGAAUAUUUACAGAGUUUAGUUUCAAAAGCUUUUACUCGAAAAAAUAAAAUCUUUUACUGUUUUAAUACUGAAGAACUUUCAGUAGAUAUAAAAGAUACUUCCGGAGAAGUUUAUUUACCACUUUUAACCAAAGGUGAAAUAGCAAAAAGGCUAUUAAGUGUUAGACCAGAUUUAAGAAAGUCUCUCAAUAUGGUUCAUAUAGGAGCUGUAAAAAUUCUCCUAAAAGCACAAUUCAAAGAUGGAAUUAACUUUCCAAUAAAAAUGGCACUCAUUGACAAUAGAAUUGUUAACAGACAAGAUGCUCUAUUAGGGGCAGUACAAGGAAAUUUAGCAUACGGUAAAUUUAUGUUUACUGUUUAUCCUAAAUUCGCAUUACAUAAAGAGUCUAGAGAUUUUGAUAAGUCUUUAAGCUUUAUACACCAAUGUGAAAGAACUGACCUUAUGGAACCAGGUAAUAAAGUAUUUAAGGUUAAUUAUUUAAUCGCAUAUGCUAUUACAAAUACUACUCAUUCAAUAGAGUAUAAAGAAAAAGAGAAUAUCACAAUGGAAGAUAUAUUCUCAGAAAUUGGAACUGUAGAAGGCAGUAAAUUUACUGAACCAUCACAGUUACAAGAAAAUUGGGCAAUGAAUAUUGCACGAAAUAAAAAGGUUUUACACCAAAGGCCUAGAUAUAAUUUCUCUAAUUCGUUAAGAUUAAGUGAACCUAGUUCAUCUGAAAUCUCUUCUGAUUUAAUGAGAUCAAUGUCCGAAAGGAUAGAUAAAUAUGGAGAAAUCCUCAAAGAGGCAGUAGGAAUUUAA